GAAAGCCAUUAGACCCCAUAGUGCAUUGCAACAAUGGCAUUGAAAGCGAGCUUGCUUUCCUUGUUUGCAUCUUUCCUUCUCGUCACUACCAUGGUUAUUUCUAGUGAGGAGGAAAUCAUCCGAGAGAAGGCCCCUUCCCACGCCCCAGAGAAGGCUUCUCAUCCUCCGGAGAAAUCUCAUGAUCAUAUCCGCCAGUAUUAUCAUCAUGCACCACAGAAGGCUCCUUAUCCUCCAGAGAAGGCACCAGCCCUAGAGAAGUCUCAUCAUCAUCACCACCACCACCAUCAUCAUGCCCCAGAUAAAGCUCCAACUCCUGAGAAGUCUCAUCAUUAUCACCACCGUCAUCAUCAUGCCCCAGAGAAAGCUCCAGCUCCAGAGAAGUCUCAUCAUCAUCAUGCCCACGAGAAGGCUUCCCAGCCUCCAAAGAAGGCUCCAACCCCUCUCCCAGGCAAAGUUCCACCCGUCCAUUACUCUGUUCCUUCUAAGGCACCAUCUCCCAUAGAGCACACUAAUUAUUCUCACUAUCAUCAACAUGCCCCAAAGAAAGCUCCAACUCCUGCUCCAGAAAAGUCUCAUCAUGCCCCGGAGAAGGCUCCUCAACCUCCAAGGAAGGCUCUAGCCCCUCUCCAAGGCAAAGUUCCACCCGUCCAUUACCCUAUCCCUUCUAAGGCACCAUCUCCUGUGGAGCACACUAAUUAUUCUCACAAUUAUCAACAUGCUCCAAUGAAAGCUCCAACUCCAGCCCCAGAAAAGUCUCAUUAUGCCCCAGAGAAGGCUCCUCAGCCACCAAAGAAGGCUCCAGCUCCUUUCCAAGGGUAACCUCCAGGAAUGGUAUUUUUUUUAGGUGAUAAUAGUAUUAAUUUUUUAUCAUCAAAACAGAAUAAUUUCUCCUUUUAUUUGUUCGUUUAAGCAUGUUGUUGGUCAUUGCCCUGUAUUCUCCAUGUAACCAUCUCAGUUUCAUGGGACACUGCCGUUUAUUAAUAAAGUUAGCAUGAAACAAA